CACACAGCACUCGCUCAGCACUCACUAUCUCUGGAUCAUUUUGCCUUAUUGUCCAGGAAACAGUAUAGACCGGUUCAGUUCUGCUUUUGCUGUUCUUCUUUCCCUUCCUGCCUGGGGUCAGAAUGGCGGCAGCUGUCGGCUCUGAGGAUAACUUCCUCUGCUCCAUCUGCUUAGAUCUGUUCAACAGCCCAGUCACCACUCCUUGUGGACACAACUUCUGCAAAACCUGCAUCACCACACACUGGGACCUGAACCCUCCAGUGUGUCCUCUCUGUAAGAACAGGUUCAAAUCCCGACCCCAUCUCAAGACUAACACUUUGGUGUCAGAGAUGGUGGCUAAGAUCCGAAGCUUGCGCGAGGCCCAGGCUGGACCAGAGGACGUCCCAUGUGAUGUGUGCCCUAAACCCAGGCUCAAGGCCCUGAAGUCCUGCCUAAACUGUGUGGCCUCGUAUUGUCAAAGCCACCUGGAGCCCCACCAGGCGGUGCCCGGGUUAAAGAACCACGAGCUGAUAGGGCCUGUGCAGAACCUGAUGGACAGAGUCUGCUCCAAACAUGGCCAGCCUCUAAAGCAGUUCUGUCAAACUGACCAGAGCUACAUCUGUAGAGUGUGUUCUCUUUUAGAGCACAAGAACCAUACGAAUGUUUCUCUGAAGGACCUUUGUGACAGGAAGAAGUCUUCUCUGCAGCUUUCUCAGACUAAGACCCAGGACUGGAUGGAGAAGAGGAAGCAGAAGAUCAAGGAGAUCUGGCACCACAUGAAGCUGAGUCAGAGAGUUUAUGAGGAAGAGCUGGCUGCAGGUCAACAGGCCUUCACUGCUCUGAUAGAGACUGUUCAGAGCAGGCAGAAGCAGUUCAUCGAGCAAUUACUUAAAAAACACAAACAGACAGCGAGACAGGCCAAGGACCGGGUCCAACAGCUGAAGCAGGAGAUCAGUGAACUGGAGAAGAGGAGCUCUGAGCUGGAGAAGCGCUUAUGUUGUGAAGACUAUUUCUACUUUUUGCAGAACUUCACUGCACUGCCCCCUAUUGAAGUGAAGAACUGGAGCAGCGGGAGCUUUGAGGUAGAGACAUGUAAGGACAUAGCACUCCAGGCUCUGUCUGAGAUGAAAGAGCAAAUCAAUGCACAAAUAAAUAGAAAUGUCUUCAAGAGAGUGCAGACGUUUGCAGUGGACAUCACCUUGGAUCCAAGUACAGCUAAUCCUAACCUCACUCUGUCGGGCGAUCUGAAACAGGUCCAUCACACUGACAAGAAGAAUAAUUACCCAGACACUGCACAGAGGUUCUCUGACUGUCCUGGAGUUCUCGGGAAGCAAAGUUUUUCUUCCGGCAAGUUUUACUUUGAGGUUGAGGUCAGAGAUAAGACAGAGUGGGAUAUAGGUGUGGCACUGAAGAGUGUUAGAAGGGAGAAUCCCACUCUGCACCCUCACAGAGGCUUCUGGAGCAUCUGUCUGAGAGGGGGAAAGCACUAUGCAUGUACAGGUGACUGCCUGUUCCUCAGGGCUGCUCCAAAGAAGGUGGGGGUGUUUGUGAACUAUCACAGUGGCCUGGUUGACUUUUAUGAUGUACAUACUGCAGAUCUCAUUCACUCCUUCACUGGCUGUAACUUCUCUCAAAGUCUGCUGCCUUUUUUUAGCCCCAGCAAUAACCACAGAGGCACAAACUCCACCCCUCUGGUGGUCACAGGGGUGAAGGACGAGUGCAGUCCACCAAAGAAACUCAAACAGUAGAGCAGACAUGGACAGUGAUUUGAUUAUAGUUCUCCACCACGCCAGAGGAUGGCAGGGUAUACAGUUGUGUCUUUGGGCUAGGCCCAUCUUGCCCAUGAAAUGGUAUGAGAGUGAGUGAGUACUGAGUGGUCUGGGGGGCGAUGGCGUAGGCCUGUAUUCUCUGUCAGUCUACCCCAGGGCAGCUGUAGUGAUAUGUUUAUGAGGUGUUGAAUGAAUUCAUACUAAAAUCCAGCCCUCUUGUUGUAGUUAAGAAAAUCACUUUUGUGUUACAGGCCCUCUGUUUAAGGGCCUGUACUAGAUUUUUUCCAUGUAAUUUGAAAUGUAUCUUGCCCUAGUACAGAUAUAUUCAGCUAGUAGACCUCUUGAAAAGGAAGUGCACUGUUAGUAUACUAGUUUUUUUUAUUAGCAUUACAGUGACUGCAAAACUACACUUUGGCUUCUGAAAGUCAUGAAAAGCACUUAUAAACUCAUCAUGGAGAAUAAUGAUAAUAACACUGGGUUACAACAAAAAGCAUUUUUGAAAGUUGUCUGUGCUUUUUCAACUGAAUUAGGACCAUUUAGCACCACUGAAUCCAAAAAUGAUAUCCAUUUUUCUCAGUCAGGUCAGGUUUUUAUGCUAAUUUGAUUUAGAAACAUCCGAUCUUCUGACUAAAUUGAUUACAAUUUUGUGACAUUAUCAGUUGAUUUUCUUUAAUAUUUCUCAUCCAAAAAAUGUUUUAGGAGAUAAAAAAUUGUUUUCUAACAGAAUGUAUUAAUUAAAAGUUACGUUAUGCUAAUUGAUAAAGGUAAGUACAUGUAAAUUGGAACAUUACGUUAUCAUUGUGCAAAAUUCAGGACAUGAACUUCUGUUUUUAUGAACCCCUUGAAUGCUCAGCAGCAGGGAUGUCUCUCUUCAGAGUCCAACAGUAAUCAGCCAUCAUGACUGCAUCCCAGCGUCCCUGAUACCUGGUCUCCAUCUCUUUUAUGUCCUGAUGGAAUCUCUCCACCUGCUCAUCACUCAGUGAUCCCAGAUUCUCAGGAAACCUGAACAUUUAGCUCCUUUUGGGAAAAAGGAUGUGGAGCAUCAUCAUUAAAACCACACUGGAGGAAUCUUUGUCACUGAUGUCAGGAACUUCUCCAAACACAGGUACUGGAAUUUAAUCCCAGUGAGCUACAGGACGACGUGCUGAUUCACGGUCAGGAUACUUGAGGCUGCUUCGGUUCUUUCUGUUGAUCCCAGUCACAUCAAUAGCCCAGAAGUAGCUGUUGAUGUCGGCUCCCUCCAAACCAUGGGAAUUCCAAACUUCAGACAGCUCUUCUUGCCUUUAGUCCACUGACGCAGAUACUCGGUGCAUGACUUGCAUGCCAUGUGUGGCGCCCAAGCUUCAUCUUGGUCACCAAGUUUAAUCCCAAAAUAAGCAUGGUAAGCACGCUUUAUGAAACUUGUGACUUGAUUCCUGUUAGGAACAUUGGUGUAUUCACCGCAGAUGUAGCAGAAUAUGUCAGGCUUAUUUUUGCAAGAUCUUCUAGUCAAAGCCAUUUCAUUCACUUGUAAUAUAAAAAAAAAACAAUUAGUCAUAAAUUGGCACAUGCAAAAUCUUCAGAAUUUGUUUAUAGUGAGAAAUAUAACAGAAUUUUGCAUCAUAUGACAUGAAAAUACUCAUACAUGUAAACAAAAUCGUCCAAAAACAAAUAUGUAGCUUAGUUCAGAACGUUGACCUGAUUGAGCAAAACCAAUGUGAUUUUUGGAUUCAGCACAUCAAGAUGAUCCUAAAUCAGCUUAAAAAUCUUAGACAAUAAAUUUAGUGUUGACCAGUGUAAUGAGGAUGCUGGGAGUGCAUAAGGAAAGUGAGGCAUAACUCUGGACCACUGCAAACUGAAAUAAACUAACUAUGUUUGCACCUUUAACUAGACAUGGAGACAUUUUAAUGAACUUUCACUCAGGGGGAGAUGUCCUUAUUACUUUACAUUACAUCAGUAUCAAGAUUUCAGCCUCUUUCCUCUUUUCAGCAUCAUGAGUUUAUAUGAAUGUGCAAUGGGUUAUAUUGAGGUCGUGGAAAUACUUCAAAAAGCUUGUUCUGAUCAAAUUUGUAUCGUAUAAAUGCACUUGUUAAUGCAGUUUUUCACAUUUUCAUGUCCAUGUAAUUGACUUGAGUUCAGUUUCUGUUUUGAUUUGUGAGGUUGGGGAGGGGGGAGUUCC